CCUCCAAUCAUCCAUGUCCUCUUCAGAAUCUGCACCACUGCUCGGAAACGGUUGUUAUACAGAACAUGGUAGAAACCUUCCCUUUCAAACUCUCAACUGCAUGAAAGGCGAGGGUGCCGGUGAGCCAUCAUGGGAAGAAUCGUUCAAGUUCUUUAUUUUUGGGUCAUGGCUCAAUAUCCUACUCAUAUUUGUACCUCUGAGCGUCAUCUCACACAACAUGAACUGGGACGGUGGCCUUGUAUUUUUGUUUAGCUUUAUGGCCAUCAUACCCUUGUCUAGGCUGUUGGGCGAGGCAACAGACCAGUUGUCGGUCAAAUUAGGAGAAACUAUGUCGGGUCUCCUCAAUGCAUCCUUUGGGAAUGCGGUAGAAAUUAUCGUCGGCGUUGCUGCUUUACUCAAUGGUCAACUACGAAUUGUUCAGAUGUCUAUGAUUGGAUCGAUAUUGUCAAACAUAUUGUUCGUCCUUGGUUGUUCGUUUUUCGCCGGUGGAUUAUAUCAUACACAAGGAUUGUUUAAUGGUACUGGAGCUCAGGCAUCUGCAUCCCUUAUGACGCUGUCAUGCAUCACACUUGUUGUUCCUGCGGCCUAUACAAGUACCACAGAAACUGGAAUGGAGAAUCAUUGUGGUGAUCCGGAUAAAUGUCCCACUGCGGGUCUUCUCUUUAUCUCCAGAGGAACCGCCAUAUUGCUCCUAGGGGUGUACUGUGCCUACCUUUGGUUCCAGUUAAAAUCUCAUCCCAAUCUCUUCAUUGCUCCUUCACCUAAGGAUGAACAAAACAGUGAUAUAACGGCGGCAUCGUCGGAAACGGACGAAACGGAACCUCGCAUGGGAACAGCCGCUGCUGGUGUUGCACUUGUAUUGGUCACUGUCGUCAUCGCAUUUUGUGCUGAGUAUCUGAUCACCUCCAUUGAAGAAACUACAGCCCGCUAUUCCAUCUCGAAGGCCUUUAUUGGUGUUAUUUUGUUGCCAAUCGUGGGAAAUGCCGCAGAUCAUCUCACUGCAGUCUGGAUGGCAACGAAGAAUAAAUACGAGCUUACCAUCACCAUUUGCGUUGGGAGUUCGAUUCAAAUUGCCUGCCUCGUAGUGCCGCUUCUUGUGAUCGUGGGUUGGAUCGUUGACCAGCCCCUGACGUUGCACUUCCACAACUUCGAGACAAUCAUCUUCUUUGUAUCUGUCUGCCUGGUCAAUCUAUUGCUCAUGGAUGGAAAAGCCAACUAUCUCGAAGGUCUUAUGCUUCUUAGCCUCUACUUUGUCAUCGUACUCGCAUUCUGGGUGGCUUGAGAUACCAUCGAUGACAUGGAAGACACAACACACAAGUAUCGGUACCAUCCAGAACCGCGGCAACACCCUGAUGGCUGCCAAUAUGUUUCAUAAUGAUACAAGACUUGAAUCAAGAUUUUGACGUUCGGUGAUGUUUAUACCUAUCUUGAGAGCCUCAUAGACACACAUACGUAUUCAUCGCUCGCAGCAGGUGCCACAUAUCCAAGUACUUGGAGUAGCCAUGCAUACAGCGACUCGUAAUUAUUACCUACGCAUUGAAACAUUAAUGAUCCUUCUUGGUGGCCACGUAAUACCC